GGCUGUGCGGUGUUUGUGCGGCGCUGGCACGUGCGUUACGUCCUGUGCGGCGUUUGCUUGGCGCUGGUACGCACGUUAGGUCCUGUGCGGUGUUUGCUUGGCGCUGGUACGCGCGUUAAGUCCUUUGCGUGGUGAGCUGAGGUCGCCGUCGCCAUGUCGCCUCCCCGCCAGCCGGACGUACCGACUGGAAAUGUCAUCAGAGUUUUGGCGCCGAUCAUGGCCCCGCGCGCCAACUCUGGCCUCGAGACCCACGAGGAAGAGAUAAUUGGCGACUCGCCGACGUUGGAGCCAUACCUGCACCGCGUCACUAACGAGACGUCAGAACACGAAUACGAUGAGCUCGGCAAAGAAGAAGAGGGGCAGGAGAAGAUUUCCAUUAUCGUGGGAAUCGUCGUGGCUCUCCUGCUGGCCAUCCUCAUCGUCAUCGUCUGCGCUGCUGUCAUAAGGAGGAUGCGGCGUCGUGGCGCCCGGCUACCGGCGUCGGCCGAGGACGGCAAGGGCAUCCGACUGAAGCGCGUCAAGCCCGGCAAGGGCAUGGUGGACGACUACGACGGCGAGCCGAGUCCGCUCGACGACCUGCACGACCCCUUCCUCCAGUUUGUCUACAUUCCACCCAACCGAGGACUGAAGCUGUGGAAGGGCCGGCUCAAGAUCAUGACUAGGCACGUCAAGAGGUCGCUGCUGCACAAACAGAUAGAGAUCCACGGCUGCACUAUCCCAGAACACUGUAAAGCGCAACUCAAGCGGAUAUACGUGUACUGACGGACGGCGAUGUGCUGAACUCUAGCCUUGCGCGGGCGUCGUUAGAUGUCUCUACCGCGCCAGCGCAGUGGUGAAGUGUUUGAACGGGGGGAGCGCGCUGAUUGGUCGAGCUGGUCUCGCGUCUGGAAGAAACUGGUUUUCUCCCAGCCCAACCGGAAACAGCGGCUCCCUCCAUAGGCUGUGCAACGCGGGUACAAACGGACCCCGGCGACGGAGGGAGCACCGGCCAGCCCGGCGUAGAACGAACUCGAACUCCCCUGCUUGCGGCGCAGAGCGUGGCCGCCGCAACAUGCGCCAGGCGUGCGCGCGCCGCCCGGGUGGGCUGGAACGCGGCGGCUGCUGGGCGCAGCUCCAGUGCUUCGGUCGACAGCGGAGUGCCGUUCCCCGCCCGAGCGAUGGUGCGUUAUCGUGGGUGGUGAGCGUGCUGCCUUAUCUACUACAGCGCUGCCACGUCAAGCUGGCUUCUGUGCUGUUUUACUUUGAUUUGAUGAUAUCCUGCUCCAAAACGUGCUCGGUUUUUUAGAAGCUGUAAUUUCCAUUGUGUCGGUGCAUGCACUGAAAUCGACGAGCUAUUUCGUGAACGUGCCUUAGCGACUGAGUGCGAUGCGUUAUGAACCACACCCAUACGCGUGUAUCAGU